AUGACCGAUAAGAAGCAAUUCACACAGGAAAAUGAGGUACUGGAGUUUCUUAACUCUCUUCCUGAGCAGAAAUCUAGCAAAACUAAGGAAAUGAAAGAGAAGGGUAAGACCGACCAAGAGAUAUUGGACUUCCUAGAUGAGCUGGAGGCCACUGAGAAGGGGGAAGAUGGUGCUAGUGGUGCUGCCAGUGAAGUUGGUGGCACUGCUGAUGCUUCUGCUGAAGUUGUCGAGGCCCCUGCUGCUGGUGUCAAUGCUGAUGUUUCUACAGACGCUCCUGCUGCUGCCACUGCCACUGCCACUGACGCUCUUACUACUACUACUUCUACAACGGCCGACACUUCCAUCCCCACUCCCGUCAAUGACCCAAUCACAUCAAUCUCUAACUGGUGGAAAUCUGGUGCGUCUACCAAAGUGACUUCCCAAAUCUCUUCGAUCUGGGAAAGUGCACAAACACUUGGUGGAGAGGCUCAGAAAAGAGCUGACAACGCUAUCAAGAAGGCCAGAGAACAAGGGGUUGAAGAUAAUUUGAAGAAAGCAUUUCAGGAAUUUGGUAUUAGUGGUGUAUUGGAGGGUGACAGAGAGUUGACGGAAAACGAGAGGGCCGAAUUGUUGAAGCUUCCAGACACCAGAAAGGCAUUGAAAUCGAUCGACAGGGGAAUCAGUUUAUUUUCCAGCCAGUUAACAGGCGUUUUGAGUAAGCUCAACAGUAAGGAUGAGGUUCUGAACAUGAAAUUGGUACAUGACUUCAAGAACUAUCCAAAUUUGGCAGGAUACGUCAAACGCAACUUUGAAGAUGUGAUGAAUUCUCAGGUUGAUGGUAAUAUUGAGGUGAACGUGGCUCAGUCUGGCACUAAGACACCUGCUUUUGUUUAUGGUGACAAUCAGAGAGAGAUGGGUCUCUUUCAGGGAAAGUUAUCUGAUGCUGAAAGACUUGUUCAAGCUAACAUUGAGAGUAUAGUGAAGGAGAACGCUAAGGCCACUUCUGAUGCCGGUACAGACAUUUACAUUGGACUUUUAGCCGUCUCUGUGAAUAAAGAUUUUGAAACUAAAGAAGACGAUGACAAAUCGAUCACCGUGGAUGAAUAUCAGAACUCGUCGUUCUGUUUCACUGCUGCACUCUUUGACAAAACUCAUAAUAUCACCAUAACUAAUAGGUCACAACCAUUUCCUUUAAAAUGGUGUCGGUGGCUUGAUGGAACCUACGAAGAAGAGAAGCACGAGUCCUCAGAAGACGAAGAUGUGGAUCCAAGUGCAUGGGUUAUUGAUUGGAUCGAACAGGGCUUAGAUAGCACCUUUGGUGUUCUGGCGCAGACCUAUGUCAUUAUGAGAAUGGGCUAUUGA